AUGUCAGGUGGAUGUCACAUAAGCAAAAACAGGCCUUUGGUUUCUGGUCGCCAACGCCGUGAAGGAUUUUCGACGAACGUUGUCCAACCGACGGAGCCACCGGGCGGAGACCUUCGACAGUCAGAGCUACACUGUCGCAACCCACCUCAGGAAACGAAGUUGAUAAUUGUAGAAAAUGGCACCAGCCUUAAUCAAUGCAAAUCCCGUUAUCCUGAACAUCCUUAUUCUCUAGAAGAACUGAAAGUAAUUACAGAAGAUGCCAUUGAGGUAGAUGACAAGCGUAGCUAUGUUCGUGUCACUUUUACACCAACAGUUGAGCAUUGUAGUAUGGCGACUGUGAUUGGCCUUUGUUUACGUGUUAAACUUAUGCGCAGCCUUCCUUCCCGUUUCAAGGUUGACAUCAAGGUGGCUCCUGGGACUCAUGCAACUGAAGAAGCAGGUCUUAAUUCUCUUCUGAAUCUGAUCUAG